AUGUCUAAUGAGAACCGCCCACCGGAGACAGAGUUCUGUCCUAAUCCGUCUGCAGCCACCCGACAUGCCUUCGGGCGGGAGAAACUUCCCCAGCGAGUAAGCAACAAAAGCCGCGACCAAGCACUCGUUCUCCAGUCCUUCAUUGUUCCCACUCGGAUCGUGCCCGAGACGUCCCUGCCUGCCGACUCCGACAUAUGCGCCAGCUGGUCCCUGCCCCAAGAGGAAGAAUCCGAGGGGCGACGGUCCCUGCCGACUACCCCUCUGUCACCCCUCUCCGUUGCUGCGGUGCCUCUCCUCCCAAUCGCCGCCAUGGGCGAGACCUGUUCAGAGUCGAGCAACGCCCCGUCAGCGGUACAACCUGCCACCGGCUACCGCGCUCCGCUCAGACACCGGUCGCUCGCAAACUUACCCGUCACACCCAGUGCCGAGACCCUUACGCCAGUCACCCGGCAUCUGCCCACCGAGCAUCUGCCGUCCCGGCAUCUGCCCUCCAUCCUGUCCUCCUUGAGGUCCCCAGACGGGGCGGUUGCAGACCAGUUCGACAAUGGCCAGAUAGAGGGAGAGAAAUACACCACGGGGACUGAGACGGGUCUGACGGAAAUCCGGCUGACCGAAAGCGCAAACCUCGCGUCGGAGCAGGGCGUGCCCGGCCCAGAAUCUGAAUCCUUUCAGUCUUCGGAGAUCUCCGAGUCUUCGGAGUCAUCCGGCUCCUCCGGGACAGAGGAGUGCUUCGGCCGCACGUACGAAGGACUGCCGUCGGCGUCGGCCGAACCCUCGGCCGAACCCUCGGCCGGCGCCAGUCCGGUCACAGCGGCGCCGCCCGCCGCAGUGGCGAGUCCCGAACCGCCUCGGCGGGCGUCGACUUACGCAGCGGCAGGCCAGCCGUCCUCUUCCGCCGGCCAGCCGUCCUCUUCCGCCGGCCAGCCGUCCUCUUCCGCCGGCCAGCCGUGCUCUCCCCGUGGUCCUACUGGCCCCACUUGUUCCGCUGGUCGCACUUGGUCGCCGGGGUCCCUGCCAUCAGACCCCCGUCCGGCCGCCGUCAGCCCUGCGGUGCGGAAAGAGAGUUUGUCUCAGUCCAGUCCCGGGAGCCCGAGUCGGGACGGACGGGUGUGGGGGUUAAUGGGGCCGGUAGACGGCAGUCCGGCGUUGCCGCCUCUGCCGCGACCUGCGCCGGUUUGGUCGGGGCGCCGGCGGCCGCCGCGGUCUAAGUUCACGUGUCCCAAGAGGGCGGAAAAGGCUCCUUGCAUGUCUUCUUCCAAGGUUUCCUCUGCUUCCGACGAGGAGGACUUCCGGCUGCCGAUUUUCCGGCACUAUGAAGCGCCUUUUGACGCACCCAAGACGUACCUCAGCACCACGGCCGCCGACACACGCGGCGACUCCGACUCCGAUGGCCAGGCGACGCUCCUUGCUGAGCAUGCACACUCACACAUGCGCCCCCGAACGCGGAAGGGCAACCCGCGACCCGAGGGACGACCCGAAGGACGGCCUGAGGGACGAGUAGAGGUACGACCUGAGGGACGCCUGGUCGCUGGACGACUAGUCGCCGGACGACUAGUCGCGGCACGGCCGGUCCUGGACCGGGGUGGGGCCCGGGGUCUCUCGUCUGAAGAAAGCGCCCGGGCCGGCUCGCCGCUCUCCUCCUCGGGCACCCCCGACCGCCCCGAACCUCUCUCCCGGGGGGCGACGCAAUCCAGGGGGGCGGCGCAGUCCAGGGCGACGACGGAGUCCAGGGGGACGGCGCUCUCCAAGGGUAGCAACUCCACGAGGGGUCUUGGCUCCAAGACGAACAUUUCCAGGGGGGGCAGCGCCAAAGGGGAGACGAGCGGCUCCUCCGCAGCGCCUACCGCAAACAGCCGGGCGUGCAAGCCGCCCCGGCCACCCCGUAGCGGCGACACGGCGCCCGGGCUCUCGACCGAAGGGACGCUGCCAGGCAAGCGGGUCCGCAACCCCGGAUCCGGCGCGCCGAGCCACCGGCUGCCCUGGGCGUCGGUGCGUCGCGCAGAGGCUGUCGAGAGCUACGCUUGUCCCGGUAAGACGGACACCGGUGGCUACCGUCUCACGGCUGAGCCCUCCAGGGCCGCCGACUCGUCCUUUGCUGUUGACAGGUACGGUGAGAGUAGUGCGUACAGUCGGGUCGAUCCGUACAGCGCCAGUGCCGGAGAUCCGUACAGGGGGGAUCCGUACAGCGCGGGGGAUGUGUAUAGUGGACGGGACCCGUACCGUUCGGUGGACCCGUAUUGUUUGGCGGACCCAUACCGGGUGGCGGAUUUGGAUCCGUUUCCGCCGGAUCCGUAUUUGUUCGGGGGAGGUGGGGGGCACGGUCAUGGUUGGGCUGGUGGGGGUUGCAGUUACCGCGAGUCUGGUGUGAGUUCUGCGGGAAGUCCGUGGCCGCGGCGUGCGACCCCCGACUGGCAGCGGGCAGUGUCGGGGCCUGUGCGGCCGGUGUCGACUGGGCCGUCGCCGAGUGGGUCGUUGCGCGCGGUGAAGUCUUCGUGUGCGGCGUGGCGACGGGAGCCGCAGCGUGUGCAGGAGGCGUUGCGCGAGUUGCCGGCGGUGGCGAGUGCGCCGCAGCCGCAGGUCCCGGCAGCGCGACUGUCCCCGCCUGCGCAGGCCGGGCUGCGUCGUGCGCAGAACUACAACCUCGGCAUGGUAACCGGAGUGCCAACUCGCGAAGGGGUCGAUUGGUGCUGGACUGAGACCGCCCCUGCCCGCCUAGACGGCACACGCACCGACGGAGCGGCAGGCAAAAAAGAGUACAGAGACCCACUCCCCAGGUGCUCCGUCUUCCGCCCAGACGGACUCCCCAUACGCAACUGCUGGGGCCGCGAGGUCAUGGACAUGUAUCGCGCCUACUCGCUCCGCUGCAGACAACAAGACACCUAA